UUAAUUUAUAAUUUAUUUACUAUAUACAGCUUAUUCGUUUUACCAAUUCAAAGACAAAUAACCUCCCUGAAUCAUACCAAAUGCUUACAUGUCGCUUUUAAUGGACUAUUUUAUACUAGAAUUAUAUUACUAUAUAUGCAUGAAUAUGACUGCUUGAUUUGCUUCAAUGGGGAUGAUUUGAAAUUAAUUUUUGCAAUCUGAUUUUAGUCUAAAUACCCACUCUGGGGGGCUUUAUUCGAAUUUUCAAGCAUUUCCUCAUUUUUGGAUUGGUGGGUUGGUUUGAUUAGGGUUUGUAACAUGAAAAUUAUGUGUUAAAUCAUUUGGGGGAUUUAAUAUUGCAGCUUCCUGUGCCCAAAUUGGAUUUUAGCUAAGAUUAGGGUUUUGCAUUGUUAUUGUUUGUGCCAAAUUGGAUUUGGGAAUUCUUUUGACAUAGGAGUAUUAGCUGAAAUGGCAUUGUGUAAAGGGGAAAUUGUUGGGGAUGAGGUUAAUGAAAAGAUAUAUAUUGCAGUUGGCAAACAAUGGAAAGCUUGCAAAUCGAGUGUAGAAUGGACAAUUCGCAACUCGAAAGGAAAGAAGUUAUGCUUGGUUCAUGUUCAUCAACCAGCACAAUAUAUUUCCAUAUGUUGGUGCCUAGACUCAUUUUGUUGCUUAUCAACACUUUCUUUUUAUGCUGAAACUACGAUUAGUCGAUUACCCUUGUCUGUUAUCAUAAUUGAUUUAGGAGAGUAUAUUUUGGUUCAACGGCUAGUUGUUUGUUUGGCUUCUUUAACGGCGUUGGGUUCGAUGGGGGGAAAAUUUCCUGUAAGCUCUCUAUCUGAACAGGAAGUAAUAUUGCAUCGGGAAAAGGAAAAACAAGAUAUGUGCGAUGUUUUAGAUGAAUAUAUUCGCAUUUGUGCUAAAGCUCGGGUUCAUGUAGAGAAACUUUAUAUUGAAAGUGAAACUGUUGAAAGUGGACUCGUGGAGCUUAUAUCUCAGCACAAAAUUGAGAGACUUGUCAUGGGAGCAGCAGCUGAUAGAAAUUAUGCAAGGAAAUUGAUGGAACCAAAAUCUAAGAAGGCCAACUAUGUCCGCCUACAUGCACCUGCUUUUUGCCACAUCUGGUUUGUCUGCAAGGCACGACUGAUCUAUACAAGGGAGGGUAUAAGACAGCCACCUCUAAAAGAUGAAGAUCAAGAUCAACUAACAAAUGCAAAGUCAACUCAGUUUGCUAGUGAAAUGUCCAAAUCCCUUAGCAGAGUAGAGUCUGAGGGGAGUUUUACCCGAUCAUCGACAUUUAGUCUUUCUCAGCUAUCCUUCUUUUCCCGAUUUUCUGAAGUUGGGACUGAUUCAACCCUCUGUCAUUCAGGAACAGAAGAUAGAAUGCCCUCUUUUCGAUCGUUUGCUCUGCCUCCUAAACCUGAACAGAAUGUCUCUUUUUCAAAUGUGGAAGAAAGCUUGAAUGAUGCACUUUGUAAUCAGCUUGAUCAAGCAAUAAUAGAGGCUGAAACUGCUAAGCGGGAGGCAUUUGAAGAGUCAAUGAGGCGUCGUAAAGCAGAAAAAGACGCAAUUGAAGCUAUUCGCAAGGCAAAUGCAGUAGAAACUUUGUAUUGCGAGGAGUUGAGAAGAAGGAAAGAAGUUGAAGACGAGCUCUCUAAGAUUAAAGAUGAACUUGAAAGUACAAGGAAUCAACAUAACAUGGCCUUAGAUGAACCUCGAGUUGCAGUUGACCAGAAAUUGUUACUAACAAAUCGAGCUGACAGAUCUAAUGUAAUAUGGGAAGAGCUAGACGAAAAACUGCUUUCGGCUUUGGAGUUGCUUCACAGAAUGAAGAAUAUUUCAUGUUAACAACACAUUAUGAGAAUCAGUUGCUCUUUUACUCCGUAAAUACUCAUAUGUCCCUUUGAAUUUUCUAUAUUAUGGUUAAAAAGCUCCUACAUAGAAAAUUGUAUCGUUACAAAUUCAAAGAGACAGAUAAGUAGCUUCGUGUGACAUGUAGGACCUUAGAUUUGCUUAGUGUAUUUUUAUUUGUUAAUAUUGCUACAAUGUAGUGAAUUUUAAUUCUACUUAUAGUCAAAUAAAUCAAGUGUCAUAUUUCAACUUCA